GUUAAUUGAGUAGCUUUGACUUAGAAAAAAAAAAAGGUAUAGAAAAACCUCAAAAUAAUCAUGAUGAUGUUUCACUAGGCUUACAAUCUUGAAGUACAAUUCCAGCAAAGUGCAGUAAGCCAGUCAACAACAUUUACAUUUACAAAGAUGAUAAAGAACAACAACCCCAUUAAACAAUUCCUCAAAAUAAUCAUAAAAAUAUGUUUUAUUGUUUUAUUUCAAUUUUCAACAACUUCAGAAUCUUCACUUCCAAAGCCACCACCAAUUCCAGUUUUACCAAUCCCAAAAUCCCGCCAAAUUUCAUGGAAUAUUGCAGAAAUGGCAAUUUUUUUACACUUUGGUAUGAACACUUUUACAGGUAAAGAAUGGGGUAAAGGUGAUGUUGAUCCAUUAAUAUUUAACCCCACUUUGUUAAAUGCAACACAAUGGGUAACUGUAGCUAAAGAUUUUGGUUUUAAGAGAGUACUUUUAACUGCUAAGCAUCAUGAUGGUUUUUGUCUUUGGCCUUCAAAGUAUACUGAUUAUUCUGUUAAGUCAAGUUCUUGGAGAAAUGGGUAUGGUGAUGUUGUUGGUGAAUUGGCUGAUGCUGCAAGAAAGAGUGGAUUGGAAUUGGGGUUGUAUCUUUCUCCAUGGGAUAGACAUGAACAUUGUUAUGGGGAGACUCUUGAGUAUAAUGAAUAUUAUAUGGGACAAAUGACUGAGUUGCUUACUAGCAAUCACUUCCGAUCUCCACGGUGCCAAAAAACACUGUUGAGCAGAUAUGGAGAGGUUACAUAUGUUUUUUUAGAUGGCGCAAAAGGUGAAGGCGAGAAGGAUAUGGAGUAUUUCUUUGAUGAUUGGUUUAGCCUUAUUCAUCAACUCCAACCUGGAGCUUCGAUUUUCACUGAUGCUGGUCCCGAUACGAGGUGGGUCGGGAACGAGAAUGGUGUAGCUGGAACCACUUGCUGGUCCCUUUUCAACGGGAGUGCUGUCACGAUUGGUGGUGAUAAUGAUCGCAUAUAUACGUCGGAGGGGGAUGCCUUUGGCCAAGACUGGAUGCCUGCCGUGUGUGAUGUGUCCAUCCGAACUGGUUGGUUUUGGCAUGAAUCCGAAAAGCCAAAAAGUGCAAUGACUCUUCUGGAUUUGUAUUACAAAUCAGUCGGUAGAAACUGUCCGUUGUUGUUAAAUGUACCCCCAAACUCAUCCGGUCUCAUAUCAGACGAAGAUAUACAAGUCCUCGAAGAGUUCUCCAAGCUUCGUAAUUCUAUAUUCUCCCAUAAUUUUGCGGAAUCUGCUCUUGUUUCUGCCAGCAGUACACGAGGAGAUUCGAGUGAUUCUCAGUUUGCGCCCAUGAAUGUAAUCGAGGAAGGAUUAUAUACGUAUUGGACACCAGAUCAGGAACAACAAUCAGACUGGACACUCUAUUUAGAAUUUCAACAGGCUAUAACUUUCAAUGUCUUGGGACUUCAAGAACCAAUUCAAAUGGGGCAGCGGAUUAGCGAGUUUCAUCUCGAUAUGUUAGAUGAAAAUGGGAAAUGGCAACACGUGGUAAGUGGAACGACAAUAGGAUACCGAAGACUGUUACUCUUUCCGACAGUGAAAUCCCACCUGCUAAGGUUGGUUAUCGACAAGUCCAGGGCGUGCCCUCUAAUCUCACACAUCGGAAUUUACAUGGAUUCCUAUUCUGUUACUCAACAUGUCUCCGAUACACACAACAAAUCAAAGUUCAUCGACAACUUUGUUUUCCGGAGAACUGCAUACAACCAGUCUCGAUCUGCUUCCAUCUAAGCUUCAUCGAGCAGCUUUAAGUGUACAAAUUAUCUCCUUUUUUGUUUUGUUUGUUUUUCUGAUGCUUUUGCGCAUUGAUUUUUCUUCGACUUCUGGUGUUGUAACAUAAUGUACCGGACAUGAACCUUGAUCUAGUGAUUUUCCGCCUUAUUUCAGGCGGCGUUCAAGUAUGAA